GGGCGCUGUUAAUGCGACUUAGUGUGAGCCAAUAAGCGGCGAGGCAACGAACACGAAGUCAGCGAUUGGGCAGUUUAAAAAGCACCGCCAUUACAGUUUUACUGCACAACUUGUACUCGGGCUCGCAUCCACAAGGAACCAUAUACACACUGCUGUUGAAAUGGCCGAAGACCUCGUCGGUAACUCUGCGGGCAGAUAUGAAUUCGACGCGCCUUCCCACGUCGUUGAUUUCAAGCAGUUGGCAAAUGAGCCGUGCGACGAUGCAUGGUUCGAUCGUCAGGCCAUUGAUUCAACACAUCAUGCAACUCCUAAACACAUAGCUGCUGUGGGCCCAAUGAGAAUUGCAGUAACAGAUGUUUCUACGGUUGCUAACUCCACAUCUUUUGACAGCGGUGCUGUUCCAAAGAUUAAGGCCAACGAUCAACCACGCAGAGUUUCAACACACAAGAGGAAAGGUUGUUUACCUUCUCGGCCAUCCAAAAAGGCUAAAAAGGCCUUUAACUCUAAUUGUGCUGAGGACAAAGAGGAGACCAGCAGAGACGUUAACAAUGAAGAACAGUAUUGUGUCGGCGAACCCAAAUUGACUUCAGCUGACAGUCUCCGCAAUGAAGAACCCUCCAGAUCAACACAUGUGCUAGGUGGUUGCAGUGUGGCCAGACCUGGGAAGCCUCUAGCAAGUAACAAGAGAGAGGUGAUCAAAGACCCCUAUGUGCCAGUUGCCGAGCAUAUAAUGCAGAUACAGAAGCGAACCCCUCAACGCUUCCGUCAGUUGAGUCUGCAGGAAAGAGCCAAAGGUCCGCCCAAAGCAAAGGCCCAGCGAUUGCGACUCACUCGGCCUCAAUCCCCGAAGUUUGCAACAAGACUGAGGAGCCGACCUACCACAGUUAAAAGCACCGCACAACUGGAGGCCGAAAAUGAGGAGGUUGAACUUAAAAAGUCAAAUUUCAAGGCCCAAGAGCUGAACAAAAAAAUUCUCGAGAGAGGAGCGAGUCUGAAGAAGCCAGUGGUGAAGGAGCCCACUGCACAAGAGGCUUUCACAAUGCACAUUGAAAAGAGACUCCAGGAUAGGCAGGCAACUAAACCCCAAGAUGAGCCACAGCCCACUUUCAAAGCUCAAGAACUGCCCAAGAAGAUCCUGGAUGGAGUUGUGGGAGUGCCAGAAAAGAGAGUGAAGCAGCCAACUGUGGCACACUCGCCAGCCUUCAGCCUUCCCAAGAAAGUUCGUAUUGAUGUAACCACUGAAGAAGUGAAACCUCUCUCCUCAAUCAAGCAUACUCCAGUUCCUCAGUUUGGCACACCAUUUCAGCCUAUGCUUCAGGAUAAGCGACACACAGAGGUGUGUCCUUUCUCGUUUGAGCAGAGGGAGCAAGAGAAGAGGAAACUUAAGGACAUCCAGGAACGAAAGGAAAAGGAGGAGGUUCCAGCAUUCAAGGCUCAGCUGCUGCCACACUUUGACAGGGUCCAUCUCCCUGUAAAGAAAAAGGUUGAACCCACAAAGCCUGAGCCCUUCAGACUUCUGGUUGAUGAACGCGGCACAGUCAAGAGUGACCGCUUAGAGCAAAUGAUGAAAGAGGAGCACAAAAAAAUGAAGGAGGUGGCAACAUUCAAAGCCAGGCCGAACAAAGUCACCCAAAAUCAACCUUUCCAGCCGAAAAAGGAAGAAAGGGCUGCAGUGGUUGUGGAGUCCUUUGAGCUGGCAACUGAGCGGCGUGCCAGAAUCCGCGAUGCGUUUCAGCAGCAACUUUGUGAGAAGGAGGCCGCCUUAGCACUCAGGGAGGAGCAACUUCGGCGGGAGCAGGAGGAGAAGGAGAAAUUGGACAUCGCUGAACUUCGGCACCAACAAGUCCACAAAGCACAACCCAUUCGCAACUACAAGACUUUGGAGGUGAAGAAGAGUGAUGUUGCACUCACCAUCCCCAAGUCUCCAAACCUUUCUGACCGCUUCCGUCUCUAAUCAUGCCUAUAGUUUUUUUUCUUUAUGUAAUGUUCACUCUUGUCGAAAUAAAGUUCGUUUUCCUAGUGACUGCUAGAUAAGUUCUUCUUUAAAGUUAAAUUUACUUCUUAAAUAUAUUUACUGCAAACAUUUCCUGGUGUUUAAAUGCCAUUUGUCCCACAAAUGACAACAUGGCACUUGCAUGUUGGCUUAUUUAAAUGUGAACAGAACCGUCAAUGUUAAACCAUGUACAGUGUACGGGAUUUGUAUUACUGUAUGAUGUAGCCACACUUGGCAAAUGCUUAAGUCUAUUUCAUAGUAUCUUGCCUUUUAAAGUUGAACAGCCAUCUGUCCUAAUGUGCUAUAUAAAAGUCUGUUUUAUAACGUUA